GCGAGCGCAGGGGCUACGGCUAGGGCUUCGCGUUAGGCUGCUUCUCCCACUGCCAAGGGCCGCCCGCCCCCAGCUCCGGUGCCGUAUCAGCGCCGGCGUCAGCGCCGUUCCCGGCUCCCGUGCUCGGCGCGAAGCCCUGGCCCCGGCGGCCGGGGCAUGGGCCAGGGGCGCAGGGUAAGGCGGCUUCCCGCACGGCCGUUACCUACACCGGCUUCAGCAUGAAGACCCUCAUAGCCGCGUACUCCGGGGUCCUGCGAGGCACUGGCUCCAGCAUCCUCUCCGCCCUCCAGGACCUCUUCUCCAUCACCUGGCUCAACAGGUCCAAAGUGGAAAAGCAGCUGCAGGUCAUCUCGGUGCUACAAUGGGUCCUGUCCUUCCUCGUGCUGGGAGUGGCCUGUACCGUCAUCCUCAUGUACACGUUCUGCACCGAUUGCUGGCUUAUCGCUGUGCUCUACUUCACCUGGCUGGCGUUUGACUGGAACACGCCCAAGAAAGGUGGCAGGAGAUCAGAGUGGGUCCGAAACUGGGCUGUGUGGCGCUACUUUCGAGACUACUUUCCCAUUCAGCUGGUGAAGACUCACAACCUGCUGACCACCAGGAACUACAUCCUGGGAUACCAUCCCCAUGGCAUCAUGGGCCUGGGUGCCUUCUGCAACUUCAGCACAGAGGCCACGGAAGUGAGCAAGAAGUUCCCUGGCAUAAGGCCCUACCUGGCCACGCUGGCCGGCAACUUCCGGAUGCCAGUGCUGAGGGAGUACCUGAUGUCUGGAGGCAUCUGCCCUGUGAACCGGGACACCAUAGACUACUUGCUGUCAAAGAAUGGGACUGGCAAUGCCGUCAUCAUCGUCGUGGGGGGUGCAGCCGAGUCCCUGAGCUCCAGGCCAGGCAAGAAUGCCGUCACCCUGCGCAGCCGCAAGGGCUUUGUGAAACUGGCGCUGCGACACGGAGCUGACCUGGUCCCUACCUACUCCUUCGGAGAGAAUGAGGUCUACAAGCAGGUGAUCUUUGAGGAGGGCUCCUGGGGCCACUGGGUCCAGAAGAAGUUCCAGAAGUACAUUGGCUUCGCCCCGUGCAUCUUCCAUGGCCGAGGCCUCUUCUCCUCUGACACCUGGGGACUGGUGCCCUACUCCAAGCCCAUCACCACCGUCGUGGGCGAGCCCAUCACCAUUCCCAAGCUGGAGCACCCCACCCAGCAGGACAUCGACCUGUACCACGCCAUGUACAUGGAGGCCCUGGUGAAGCUCUUCGACAAGCACAAGACCAGCUUUGGCCUCCCGGAGACCGAGGUCCUGGAGGUGAACUGAGCCAGCCCGCGGGCCAGCGGCCGAGGAGCCGGCUGCACCUCGCAUUCUACCAAGUUCUCCAGUGCUUUUUGUUCUGUAAAUUUGGAAGUGUCAUGGGUGUCUGUGGGUUAUUUAAAAGAAAUUAUAAUAAUUUUGUUAAACCAUUACAUACUAGGUCUUUUUUAAGAAGGAAAAAGUGACUGUUUCAAGCUCUUUCACUUCCAUUUGGUCCUGUUUUAGGUGGUGGCUAAGACCUCUUGGCCUCUAGGGUUUCUCAACCACCCCCUCUAUGCCCUUCCCUGAAAUUACAGAGAAAGCUCAGUCCUGCUAGACUGGGGAGGAAGGACAGCCCUUAGAGACUCAGGCCAGUGCGAUCAUUUGCUCGUUGCCAUGGGAGGACGAGGAGCGGAAGCCGCUUGGAACACAAACACCUCUGUUCCAAGCUACCUUGACUCGACUGCAGGGCUAGUCCCUCUUGCCGCAGGGGAGCCUCAAAGGGCACAAUUGUCCCUUUCUGGAAGAGUGCAUUGAUGAGCAUCUGGACUGUUGCAGCCUGACCCUCCUUUCUGCCACUUCCCACACCCCCAGUCUUUCGCAGCUGAGCCUGGACUGGCCUUCGGGGAGAUGACGGGGGUGGUGAUGAUCCUGUGUUGGGGAACAGUGCUGUUCCAGACACACUGUCUCUUGGAUUAUCCAGCUACCAUGUCCUGGUUGGAGUGAUUGCUUUUCCACAGGGGGCUGAUGACGUGGACCCAGCACAGAGCCAGCCUUGGCCUGAAUCCUGUACUUUGCAGCGGCCUCCAUUUGCUUAACCCACACCUCCGAGAGUGGGUGUGAGGAAGGGGUCCCUCUUCCUGUUCACAGAGGAGCCAGGACCUCUGAGCAUCAGACUGGUUUCAGGAUAGAAGGCCCCCAAACCCAAGCCUCACAUCUAUGUGCCUUUUUGAGAGGAGGGAGGAAACUCAGCCCCUUCUGUAUGUGUUCUGUGUUCUCUUGAUGAGAUCAUUGUACCAUGUCAGACUUUUGUAUAUUCCUAAACAAAUAAAUAAAAAUGAGUGUCCUCUGA